CUAUAAUGAGAGGACUUCCACUGUGAAAACAUCUGAUCUUAUCUAACUCUGCGCACCAACGUAGUCAAACAGCCCAAUCGUUUGGCUCUUUCACUUUCCCUCAGCUUUCAACAUGACUCCAAGAUCAUGUUCAAAUACGACGAUAUUUUUCUGUAUUAUUUUCAGUCUUUUUCAUGGUGCAUCCUCAAUUACUAUCACUGCUGCCAGUAAUGGAAAUGUAACACUACAAUCCGGGGUGAAAGGACAUAUAGAUGAAAUACUUUGGAAGCACAACGGCAACAAGAUGGUGGAGUGGGACAAAAUCAAAUCAGUUGCAGAUCCCAUUGAAUAUUUAACAUUCAAAGGACGGACCAAGUUAGACAAAACAACUUGUGAUGUAACCAUUGUAGAUCUAACCAAAAAUGACAGUGGACUUUAUGAAGCAGAGGUGGCCAUUCAAGGAAAGUUAACCAUCAUAAGUCACAGGGUUGACGUAAUUGAUCCUGUAACAAGAGCAAAGGUCACCUGUCAAAGAAGCACUGCUACUAUGGCAACACUACACUGUGAAGCAGAAGGUGAAUCUCUGAGUUACAGAUGGUCAGGACCUGGACUACAGACAGAGAUGAGGGGUCAGACUGGACCACAGAUCAAUAAGGAAAAGGACCAGAACUCAGUCUACAUCUGUGUUGUGAACAACCAGGUUAGCAACAGCAGUGUGCACUACCAUGGCAGUGACUGCUUUGACUCAGGACAUCUUCAGCUCAUCAUAGGUGCAUGUUCUGCCGUUAUUGUGGUUGCUGCUGCUGCUGCUGCUGGGUUUGGCUAUCAUUGCUACAAGAAGUCAGAAUAUGAGAACAAAGGAAAAAAUGAAUCAACAAGAUUUCUGUCUGAUAAAGAUGGAGGUGAUGCUCAAGGCAAGGGAGGUGCAAAUUCAGCGCUCCAAGAGAUACCUCAAGGUAUUGCUAAAGAUAACAUACAACUAUAUAAUUCAAAAGCCAUCAACCGAAGUUAACACUGGGCAGUCAAGAAACCCUCAAACAUGCCAACAGUCUUGAUCCCUCUUUGGUUCAGCCAAACAAUCUGGACACACUGAUGGUAUCUGUAAUGACAGUAAGUCUUCAGGUCAUGUACAUAUGGAGGGGACUGAGUGAAUAUAAGAAAGGACCCACCCCAAAAGCAGAGAAGAAAGAAGAAACCAGCGACUCAUAACAGUAUGGAUGAAUGGAAAAUAUCACUGAAGAUGACCACACCACCAUUACUGCCUGGGUUUACAGAAACAGUCCAGGUGUUGUUGGCUUGUAUAGUCAUCAUCUUCAAGACCACCACACCAUCAUUACUGCCUGGGUUUACAGAAACAGUCCAGGUGUUGUUGGCUUGUAUAGUCAUCAUCUUCAAGACCUACCAUGUCUCAUGUUAAUAUAGACUGACUUGUGAAAAUUGCCAGCAUAUUGACUAUGACAUAUUAACUAUGAGAGGAAGAAGAGAACAAUAGCCUACAACAUCUUAACCACACAAUGACGUUGAUUAGAUGCUGCUAGUCACUACCUACUAUGUACAGCGUAAUCAGGAAGUUGAUCUGAUGUGUAUAAAGACUAUAAUAACUGAUAGCAAAGCUAAUACAGCAUCUAUUUAGUGUUCACAUGCUGAUGAUUAAGCCACUGAUGCCACCUCCUGCUCAGCUCAGAUGAGCCUCCCUCAUCACAUUCAACAUGGACAGUUCCAGUAGAACCAUAGACAGUAAAAGAUAUGGACAGAGUCAUCACAUAGACGUCAGCAGAGACGAGUGAAGUAAAUUUAAACCGCUCUCCUGUUGGGCUGCUUGUCUUUCUGCACAUGCUCAGGGGACGUAGAUGUGACUUAGGCACAUAGUCUGACCAAGUCUGACCUAGGCUAUGGCGAUGCUUUAAUCUCUCUGCACACAUGCACAUUACCUAAAUUACGUCACUUUAGCAUUGUUUUCGGAAAAAAACCCGGUAAGACAGUUAUGGGACUAUGACACCUAUCACACAAUGUUGUAUUACUCCGAAAAUAAAAAAGGUUUGUAAUAAAGGCUUAGCCUCCUGAGACCCUGCGUCCUCGUACGAGGACAUUACAUUUUGGCUCUGCUUUCCCUUGCGCUUAAUUUUUCUGAAUAAAAGCCUGUUUUCCUCAUACAUAUAUGGACACUUCAUUUUACCCUCUAGUGUUAUCAAACGCACAAUACACUGUUUUGGGAAAAAGCAAUAU